CGGGUGCAGAGCUCGGAGCUCGUCCCGCUUUGCGACGGUGGCUGAGACCCCCCCCGUGUCCCCUCCUGGGAUCUCGGAGUGCCGGGACACCGGGGUCACCCACCCAGGGACAUCCAGGUGUCCAUGGAGUACAACCCUGGCUGGAACAGCUCCUCUGUGAACCUGCUGCACGUGCGGGCCGUGGGGCCUGGGGACAGCCUGCACUACGUGUGGAGCAGCAUCGGGGCCCCUUCUGUGCUCCUGGUGGCCACCCGGAGCCCCAGCAGUGCCCUGAGGGUCAACUGGACCCAGCUGCUGUCACCCAGUCCUGCUGGGGCCGUCUGGAUCGACCCUCCUGACAGCGUGGUCUAUUCCUCGGCCGUGGUGUUCACCAAGCUCUUCGAGUUCAGCGAGGCCAAACCUUUGGGAGAGCUCUUCUACCCCACCUAUGACCUGUCCGAGUUCUCCUGGGACAGCCUCAACCACACCCUGAACCACACGGCGCUGACGGCCGAGCUCAGGGGCGUCCCGGCCACCGACCCCGGCGGUGCCUUCGCCAACGGCAGCCUGGCAUUCCGGGUGACAGCCUAUGAGGCCGCUGGCCGUGCGGGGCCGCUGCCCAGCCUGCUGCACACGGCGGACAGCUCGCAGCUGGAGUUCAUUGUGGCCGGGGUGUCGCCCCGCGGGAACGGCUCCCGGUUCGCGCUGCAGCUGGCCGCGGUGGAGCCCGCGGGGGCGGCGCGGCGCCUGCGCGCCCGCAGCUCCAUCGACGAUGAGUACACGCCCAGCAUCUUCCAGGAGCUGUCGCUGCUGGCGGAGGCCCCGAACGGCAGCUCCCCGCUGUCCUUCGUGCAGUGGAAGGCGGCCGCCUACGGCUCGCCCAGCCCUCGGCGUGAGGACGGCAUCCAGUGCAGGGCCGGGGGGCUGCAGGCGGCCAACGGGAGCCUGCCCGGGGCCAGCCUGCUGCGGGCCUUCUUUGGGGACAGCCUGGCCACCAGCUGCACCCUCAGCGUCCUCAACGUGUCCUUCGGGGGAGAGGAGGGACACGUGUACCAGGAGAGGAGGUACCUCAGCUGGUCGGUGCUGCUGGGCUUUGGGGAGCCCCCCAGGGACACUUUCUCGCCGCUGGUGAUCUCCAUCACGGCCGUGGCGCUGGGCACCCCGCUGGCCAUGCUGCUGCUGGGCAGCUGCUUGGUGCUGCUGGCACAGAGGAGGCGCUACUCGGAGUACGAGCCCAUCAACUGAGGGCGCCGGGAGACCCCCGGGAUCCUCCCCUCCCAUUCUGGAUCCUCCCAUUCCCGGGAUUCCCGGAUUCCCUUCCCGGCAGCGGCCGUGGCUGCUGCCGCCCCCUCUGCGUCCCCUCCGCCCCCCGAGGGGACCAGGGGGACACCUGCAGGUGCCCACCUCACCCGUGUCCCCCUCCUCCCCACUGCCACUCCUGCACUCCCUGCCCGGAUUUGUCCUGAUCCACGCAGCAAAGGGAAGCGAUGGGGGGAGUUUGGUCAGGAAAAUCCUCCUCCUCCUCCUCUUCUUCUCUUCUUCUUAUCCUCCUCCUCCUCUUCCUCCUUUUCUCCUUCUCUUCCUCCUCUUCUUCUCUUCCUUUUCUCCUCUUUCUCCUCUUCUUCUCCUC